UUUAUACAUUGCUUUGAAAUUAAAAUAAAAAUUGUACAAAACAUGUCGACAUCCGAUUCUGAGUCGAGUACAGCAACAACAGCGGAAAAUAUUGAAUUGAACAGUCGGGAAUUCGAUUUAGAAGACGAAGAUCAAUCGUCAUCAAAUGCGCUCCAAAACACCGAUGGCGAUUUUGAGUACGGCCAAGCUGCAGCAUAUGAAAACGAACCAUUUGCUGAUGAGUGGUUAGAAAACUAUAAUAGAGAUACAGAAGAACAAAGACGCCAAACAGAAGAGCUCGAACGCAGAAUGCAAAAUGAAGUUCCUCUUGAUUCUUGGUGCAAUUGUGGUAACUGCCGUGUUCCUCUCUUGGUUAAUUCAAAAGAAUGUAGAUGUUGCCACGAAAUUAUCAAUUGCAUGAUUGAAAUGCAAGAUCAUUUGGUGGUAUCCGAGUUAGGAAGACAGCCAAAAUGCAUCACAGAGCAUCCAGGAUUUGAUGCCAUUUGCCUCAAUCGAUGGGCAUUAAAUUUAGCUGCCAAUCUUUACCAAAGACGAGAUGGAGUUAGACAUCGUAAACGAUUCUUGGAGCAAAGGUUUGUUACAAUUAAUAGUUAAAUGCUUCUGUCUGGGUUAUCUAUGAAUGCACACUUGCAAAAUUUGUAUUUUAUGGACUCCUACCUCUUUUAAUGGACCUUGUGUAUUAUGCCUUUUCAGGUUUUUUCGAGUUGUUGCAUGUAGGCAAUUUACAAGAAUGGUACAUGGCAUUCUUCGAGACAAAAGAAUUCCACUUCCAGCUUGUGCUUAUCAUGUUAUUUGAAAAACUUUUAAUUUAAAAAAAAUGAACACUUUGCAGGGUAUGAAGAGGACAAUUUGUAAAAUAACAUAACAUUCUAUAUUAUUCUAGGUGUUGUGUGCAUGAGCCCAGCUAGUAGGGAUCCAGUGAAGUGUGGAAUGAUUUAAGCCACUCUUGAUGUAUUGCAUCUUCAAUUCACACUCAUUCUUGUUAUACAAAACAUACAAAAUUACAAUUCCUUUUCUUUUUAUUCUUUCCAUGCAGUCAAUUCACACUUCACUGAAUCCCAACUAACUGGGCUCAUACCACCAGCUCCUAAAAAAGUGGUUACUUUUGGUUUUUUGGACAGUUCAUUAUAUUUUUAUGGCCUUUCAUCCAAUUCUUGCACACAGUGCAUC